AUGUCCAGAUCUGCACUGCUAUAUUUUUCGCUUUGUGGAAUAAUCACAGCAAGUGUAUGGUACUGGUAUAACAACGACAAAGAGAAUAGUAAAGUUGAAGAAUGUCAUGCUCCAUUUUUGAACGAGACGAAGACCGAGAAGGCUAUACUGAGAAAGUUACUGUCUUCUAAUAACAGGAUUGUGAGUUCGCCAUUUUUCAAGAUUCUCCAAAGAAAGCUCGAUUUUCAUAUUGACAAACUAUGCAGCGAAGCUACAGGCCUGUGUUUUAACAUCAUCGACACUUAUGAAAUGCAGUCUGAUAGAUUAUUCGCAUACCGUGGUCUGCGAAGCGAAGGAAGUGGAUCUAUCCUGCUUCUUUCUGCAGCUCGACUACUUCCUCCUCGUCCAAUGAACUGGGAAAACUUCAACAGCAAAGGUUGGAAGGUGUAUAAGAAAAGUGUGAAGUUAAAUUAUGCCCGUAUGAUGAUCGCUGGCUCGUUCUUCAGUGGCGCUUUGGAUUACGAUUUCAAAGAUGUGCAAAACGUUUUGGUGAUAGGAUUGGGAGGAGGCAUCAUAAAUAAUUAUUUUAGCUCCAUGGAUAGGCUCCAGCUGAAUGUCACUGUUGUGGAUAACGAUCCGGUCAUGAAGAAAAUCGCAGAAAAGUGGUACGAGCUUGAAACAACCCCUAUGCAGCGAAUAGUUGUGGACGAUGGUAUUCGAUUUAUUCGUGAAGCCAAUAGGAAAGGAGAAAUCUACGACGUACUUCUGAUAGACGUCUGCUACAACGAGCACAGAGACCUCAUGGCUCCCAUAGAAGAGUUUAUGGUUGACGAGGAAAUUAAGCAAAUGAGCAAAAUACUUAAACCUGAUGGAGCUGUUAUUGUAAAUAUAGUUACUCGACCUGAGACGGUUGACGAAGCCGAUAGGGUACAUUUCGUCUAUUCUCGGCAUUUCCCCUCAUGUUAUUUUAUGCAUUUUGGAAAAUACGAUAAGAUGCUUUUCUGUUCAAAAAAGGUGAAGAACUCGUGGCUCGACAAUGCUGAUGAGCUUAGAGAGCGAUUCAAAAGAAUCGACAGAGAACUAGAAUUUGACCUGACCGAAAGUGGAACGGAGAAGAAUUAGCAGUUAUAGGGGAAAUUACGCAAGAAAUUACAUUACACUGUGGAUCUAUAUUGCAACCUCUUCAUUAUUUACAUUGUAUGUGC